AAGAUCUUGGCCAAGAACUAUCAAAAUCUUGGCCAAAUGAUAGUCAAAGCUUGGAAAAGAUAUAAAGGGUCUUGGGUUCUCCACCUGAUGUAGAUAAGCCGUAAUUCUCCUAUUUUUUUUUGACUGCCCAGUCUAGUAUUCAGUAAACUUCUCACCUACUGGCUUUCAAUAAUUUAAGAUGCCGGAAAAAGAGUUGAACUAUGUAACUUCCAGGGAGCAGGCCUCUUCUACUGAUAAGCAAGGAGGUGUUUACAUUGACGCUUUUGACGCUCAAGAGCAAAAGGCACCUUUAGGCAGAUGGGACCGAUUUGUCGACAGUUUUCGAAGAUUCGAUGAGGUUGAAUUAGGCCUCGACCCUAAUUUAUCUGAAGUCGAGAAGGCCGCCAUUGUCACUGCCAACUCGCCACUUUCGAGAUCCUUGAAAGGAAGACACUUACAAAUGAUUGCAAUUGGAGGCUCCAUCGGCGCAGGCUUAUUUAUUGGAUCCGGCCAGGUUUUGAAAAACGGUGGUCCCGCUUCCGUAUUAAUUGCCUACUCGUUGAUUGGUGGUAUGAUUUUUGCCACUGUUCAUGCUUUGGGUGAGUUGGCAAUCACAUUCCCAGUUUCGGGUGCCUUCGUUACCUAUAACACCAGAUUCAUUGACCCUUCGUGGGGUUUUGCCAUGGCUUGGAAUUACGCCAUGCAGUGGUUGGUGGUUAUGCCGUUGGAAUUGGUGGCUGCAGCAAUUACAAUUCAGUAUUGGGACGAUCAAACUAAUCCUGCUGCGUAUGUUGCUAUUUUUUACGUUCUUAUUGUGACCAUCAACUUUUUCGGUGUCAAAGGUUAUGGUGAGGCCGAGUUUGUAUUCUCCAUGAUCAAGGUCAUUGCGGUUAUUGGCUUCAUUAUACUAGGCAUUGUCUUAGUCUGCGGUGGUGGGCCAGUCGGCGGAUACAUUGGAGGUAGGUACUGGCAUAACCCAGGUGCUUUCAAUAAUGGUUUCAAGGGUUUGUGCUCUGUGUUUGCAACUGCUGCUUUUGCUUUUGCAGGUACUGAGUUGGUUGGUUUGGCUGCGGCUGAGUCUGUCAACCCAAGAAAGUCCAUGCCCAAAGCAAUCAAGCAGGUUUUCUGGAGAAUUUGUUUGUUCUACAUCGUGUCUUUGAUCUUGGUCGGAUGCCUUGUGCCAUAUGACAGUCCUGACUUGCAAGGCUCUGACGGCACUGCCAAAUUCUCGCCUUUCGUUAUCGCCAUCAACAAUGCCGGAAUCAGUGGUUUGCCAUCUGUCAUGAACGUCGUCAUCAUGAUUGCCGUUUUGUCUGUUGGUAAUUCCUCUGUUUUUGGCUCCUCCAGAACAUUGGCUGCAUUGGCUGCUGCCGGCCAAGCUCCUAAGAUUUUCAACUACAUCGACAAGAAAGGAAGACCUUUGUUCGGUAUCAUCCUCCAGUCAUUGUUCGGCUUAAUCAGUUUUAUUUCUGCCUCCGGUAAGCAAGGAGAAGUAUUCAAUUGGUUGUUGGCUCUUUCCGGUAUGUCUUCCUUGUUUACUUGGGGCUCCAUCUGUGUGUGUCACCUUAGAUUCAGAAUGGCUCUUGCUCACCAAGGCAGAGGCAAGGACGAGCUUGUCUUUGUUUCGCAGGCUGGCAUUAUUGGCUCAUGCUAUGGUGUACUUUUAAACUUCUUGAUCAUCGUUGCCCAAUUCUGGAUUGCCUUGUGGCCAAUUGGUGGCUCGCCAGAUGCCUCCAGUUUCUUUCAGUCAUAUUUGUCUGUCCCUGUGGUCAUGGCAUUCUACAUUGGCCAUAAGUUGUGGAAGAGGAACUGGAAGUUUUACAUUAAGAUCAAAGAUAUUGACAUUGAUACUGGAAGGAGAGAUUUAGACUUGGAGCUCUUGAAGCAGGAGCUCGCCGAAGAGAGGGCCAUCUUGGCCAGCAAGCCUUGGUACGUCAGAAUCUACAAUACGAUGUGUUAA